AUGGCGACUACAGUUCUCGUAACAGGAGCUACUGGCCUCUUGGGCCGGCAGGUCUUCGACCGAUUUAAGCGCUCCGGCUGCCUCACUGUCGGCCAGGGCUUCUCGCGAGCCAACCCACCCACUAUCCUCAAGUCUGACCUUGAGAAGCCGGACGAUAUUAAGGGACUGCUGGACGAAGCCAAGCCUCAGAUUGUUAUCCACUGUGCUGCUAACCGGUUCCCCGAUCUGUGCGAUAAGAACCCCGAGCAAGCACGCCGAGUCAACGUCGACGCUACGCGCCACCUUGCAGAGUUAACAGCGGAGAGGAACAUACUCCUAGUAUACAUAUCCACGGACUAUGUCUUCCCAGGCACCGAGGGAGAGGCACCAUACGAGGCCGAUACAGAGACGAAGCCCCCAAACCUGUACGGUGAGCUGAAGCGGGAUGGCGAGCAAGUUGUGCUUGAAGCUACCAAGAAGAGUGGUAUGGGUAUCAUUGUUCGUGUACCAGUGCUGUACGGCACCGCAAACGAAAACUCCGAGAGCGCCGUCAACACGCUAGUUGACGCCGUCUGGAAAGCUCAGGAUGAGAAUGCAGGCAUCAAGAUGGACGACUGGGCUCAGCGAUACCCUACCAACACCGAGGAUGUCGCGCGCGUGCUGCGCGAUAUUGUGAUUAAGUAUCUUAAGGAGCGCGGCCAAAUCCUGAAGCUCCCCAAGGUUCUUCAGUUCUCAUCCGAAGACAGGAUGACCAAGUACGAGAUAUGCGAGAAAUUUGCGGAGAUCCUGGGCGUGUCCCUAAAGGGAAUGGUCCGUAACAAGGAAGGAAAUGACCCGAAUGCGUCAGUACAGCGACCGUACGAUACUCAUCUUUCGACCAAGGCGCUGAAGGACCUGGGAAUUGAUGUGCAGACGGUUGGAUUCGUCGAUUGGUGGUGA